AUGAACUACCUGUUGUCUAUAUGCAUAGUGUUUGAUCGUUCUUCUAUUUGCCCCAAACGUGAUAAUUGCGAAAGGAAGCGGAGCGAGGGAGGCGAUGGGGCCGCGGCCGGGAGGCGGGCGGAGUGCGCGAGUGGCGCGGGGCGGCGCGAGCGCAGGGCGCGUGCCGUGCCGCGUCGCGCCGACCGCCAGUCGCGCGCACAGCCCCGACAGGCACGCACGAUGCUCGCGCACGCGCUCGCGGCCGCGCUGCUCUGCGCCCUCGGCGCCGGCGCAAGCCUCCACUGCGCCAUGCGACGCGAGAUAUCGCCGUGCACCUGCCGCAGGGAGGACACCGGCACCGGCGGCGUCCUCGUCGUCUGCCAGCGCAUCUCCACCUACGGGGAGAUUGCGGCCGCCCUCGCGAACAAGUUCAGCCCCGAGACCAAGAUAGGCCUCGACAUCUCGUACUCGCAGCUGCCCGACUUCGGCCAGCACAGCUUCCGCGAGCUAGGCCUCUCCAUCACCCGGCUGAAGCUCAACUUCGACAAUCUGAGGCAAGUCGUUUUCCGUUCUACCUACUCGUACAUGUGCCGCGGCGCGCUCGGCACUUCCUGGCCGCUCGUG